CCACCAGUCGCCAAUUGUCCUGCUUUUCUGUUUGAUUUUAUGCCUCGCGUGUUGUUUUGCUCCGGUGCGCAUCGAUUUAAUGAGUGGUAAAUUUAGCGUUCGACUUCUCCGAAUCUAACAGUGCGACAUACUUUGGCGGCGACCGAUCUCGCAAGGUUUAGCUGCCCAUCUUUGGUCUCGACCUACCCCAUUCCAGUAUACUCCUCCUACACGGCCGAUAUAAGUCGCGACCCAGCAAUUGGUCCACACAUUUGAUCAGUCGAGUACUAGCAGCAUCAAGCUAGUGCAUACGACGAACCACCGGGACUUUCACCAAGCGUCGGAGAUAUACCUUUUAAUACAACAUGAGUGUCCGGGUUGUCGGGCGGGUAAGACCGCUUCUGAAGUCGGAACGAGAGGCGGAUGUCAUUUUGCGGACAGACUCCUCGAACCAGGCUGUGCCUGGUAAGAGCGACAAGAAGGAGAAGGGAGCUCUGGCGGCACUGCGGGACAGGGAUACUGUAGUACGGAUCCCAAACCCGAAGAAUGAAAGCGAGGAGUAUUCGUUUCAGUUCAAUGCUGUGUAUGAUGCGGAAGCGUCGCAGCAGGAGCUCUUCGACGCAGAGGUUGCUCCAACGGUCAAACACCUUUUCAACGGCUUCGACGUAACACUAUUCGCAUACGGAGUCACGGGAACCGGAAAGACGCACACAAUGCGAGGCGGUAAAAGCCUGGCCGAUCGAGGCGCCAUCCCCCGUCUCCUGAGCAGUAUAUACCGACGCAGCCGGAAGAUGGAGAAGGACAGCGAUGGGGAGACCUCGGUCAAUGUGUCCUUGAGCUAUUACGAAAUCUAUAACGACAAGGUCUUUGACUUGUUUGAGCCCCCAGAGAAGAGAACACUGGCGGGAUUGCCGCUUCGAGACAAUGGUGGAAAGACGGUGGUUGUAGGUUUGACGGAGAGGCCAUGCCACAGUCUGAAGGAGUUUGAAGUCUUGUAUGAUCAGGCGAACAUCAACAGAUCCACAUCGGCAACGAAGUUGAACGCCCACUCUUCACGAUCCCAUGCCAUCCUCUGUGUUAAAGUCGCCGUCAGCUCCGCUGAGAAGACAUGCAUCAGCACGGCUUCAGCAAUCGACCUUGCGGGUUCCGAGGAUAACCGCCGGACGGACAACGACAAGGAGCGCAUGGUUGAGUCGGCCAGUAUCAACAAGAGCCUGUUCGUCUUGGCUCAGUGCGUGGAAGCGAUCAGCAAGAAACAUUCCAGAAUUCCAUACCGGGAAUCGAAAAUGACCAGAAUCCUGUCUCUGGGGCAGAACAAUGGGCUGACGGUGAUGAUUCUGAACCUGGCGCCUGUCAGAUCCUAUCAUCUGGACACGAUCAGCUCGCUCAACUUCGCCAACCGCACGAAGAAGAUCGAAGUGCGCGAAGUGGAGAACGAGCCCAUGUUCAAGGGUCCUCCGCGACCCGCGGCGCGGCCUUCGAUGGCCAGCGCCCGCCAGCCGUUGCGGCCACUGACAGCCUCGGUGAACGUGAACCUCACCGCCGCCAAAGACGCCGCGAAGACCGGCGAAAAGCCCCCGAAGGCGUUCCACGUCUUUUCCGACAAAACCCUCCCCAGACUCAGCACACAGUUCAGGAAACCCGACGCCCCCAAGCGGACUUCUCUGAGCUCGGAAAUCUCCCGCCUGUCGUCAAAACCUACCCGUCUCGCCCAGCCCCCACAUCAGCCACCAAAGCACUACGAUGAGAUCUCCGCAGCCAAGAUCGAAGAGAUGGUGGAGAAGAAGGUUGAAGAAAUAUUGGCUGUACGAGCAGUCAGCGAGCAAUCCAGACAAACGCAAGUCCGCGAACUGAACGAGCAGGUACAACGGCGCUUGGAGCUCCUCGAGCAACGCAUCGACGGCACCGAGGACGCAAGAGCCGAAGGCCUGUCCUACUUGCUCAUGGCCAAGCAGCACCAGGCUCGGGGCGAGGACAGUUUCGCCCUGAGGAUGUAUCAGCUCGCACUCCCCUUCUUCCCCAACAACGAGAAGCUCUCCAGGAAGAUCGCCACCCUGAAAGAGCGGACCCAGAGCAAACCCCACCACCAGGACGCCGACACGACCGCCACCAUUACUAUCCCAGGAGGAAAGAGGGAGUUUGGCAGCAUGCUUUCACUCAAGAAGCAGCCGAUGAAGACAACAACCCACAAGCGUCACGCCGACGACUCGGACGCGGAAUAUGAGGAAAUCGAAGAAGCCGCGGAACAGUUCAGUGACGAGGAUGUCACAGAGAUCGCGCACCUGAGGCGCAAGAAACGCACCAAGACCAAGUCUCCGAUCGAGGAAGAGUGUGCUAGCAUCGACCUUGAUGAGCCGGCCCCGUCCCCCCGAACCAUCCACCUCCUAUCCAUCAUCAACUCCCGCGACGUGAGCCAAAUCAAACUCCUCAAGGGCGUCGGUGUCAAAAAGGCCGAGGCUAUCGUCGACUGCCUGUGUGAGAUGGACCACGGCCACGCAGACGAAGCACACUUCCAGAUCAGCAGCCUCGCCGAAUUGAGCAAGCUGAAGGGUGUCGGCGUGAAAAGCGUCCAAAGCAUGCGCACCGGAGUCUUGGUGUAGGUUGUACAACAGCCAAUGAAUAAUUGACAGCUGCAUUUUGGAGCGCUGGGAUACAUACAUGCAUGCAAACAUGCUUCCACAAUUGUUUGGCUUUUGCCUAUGCAGUGUCAUUGCCGUCAUCAUUGUCAUCCAUCUUGUCAUCACCGCCCUCUUGUUACUUUUUUUCUUUUCUUUCAUUUUCUUGUGACGUGCAUUUCUGUUGCAUGCACGAUCUUUCCAUCGAGCGCCGGUGUUUGGGAGUCGGGUCAAUAGUAAAUCGGAUUAGUUAGUUAUUGGUUUGGAGAUACUCUCUAUCUAUCGAUCUAUCAUCAGCAUACAUCAUUC